CGCAUAGGCUACGGUCUACUACAUGGAAAGCCCCUCAACCUGUCAUGAUAAAUUAAAAAUGCAAGGCUUACAGCAAACGCUGAGUUAGGUAGGCUACAGUUUUUCAGACGCCCAGAUACCUAUGUCGUGUGAAUGCAGGUAUUAAAAAACAAAACAAAAACAGUUUUAAUAUCGACUAUCUACACAAUUGAUAUAACGAAACAGUUCUAAGAAACCAGUUGGAAUAGCUUCACAUUUCUACUGAAAACAGAUGGCUGCCUGAGUGGCAAAGGAAACCAUGGCAGAGAAAUGAAACUGAAACGAAGAUCUCUCGUUCAGUAGGCAUACGGAGCUUUAGGCUACAGUCUAUGGUGCGGAUCUGCGUUGAUUCACGACCCUAAAUAAACCUACAAUGAUGUCCUCUGAUGAGGAUUACUCACUGGUCUCAGAUCCUGAACUGCAAAGAAUCCAGUUUGAAAUAAAUAAAUGCAAAAUGCAAUAUGAAGGUAUCAUCAGUGAUCAAAAAGUGCUUAUUGAGGCCUGUGAAACCAACUUGCACUUCACCAAACAGUUUGACCAGCGCGCUGUUACCAUGAGGGCAGCCCUGCAGGCUGAGGAGAAGAGGCAAGAAGAUGUCUUGGAAAUGGAGAAAAGGAAAAUCACUGACCUCAUGGAAGAGCAGAGCAGGCUCAAGUCAGAGAUUCAGAGCGUGCAGCAGGACAUCCAGAAAAUGGAGGAAACCAACUACAGCCUGAGACAGCAAUCAGAUGUGUCUACUGCAGUGCCUGAGAGAAAAGUGGUUUUCAAGGGCCAGACAUCUGGCGGGGGGGAUUCCUCAGGGUUUGACAUAAUUGCCAGAAUUUUGUACCCCAUGGAAGGUGGCACUGCACUGAUCACUUUUGAGGAUGAGACAGUGGCUCAACAUAUCCUAAAAAUGAGGGACCAUGAGGUUCAGCUGGAUGGUAACAUCACUCUCAAUGUGCAGGCCUUACCUGUACAUCUCUUGGUGCCCAGCUAUGUAGAGCUGGAUACUCAGGUAUGUCCUCAACGUGUUCUGGUGUCCAACCUGCCCAAAAUGGAGUCCGAGGAUCGUCUGCUGGACAAACUGGAGAUCUAUUUCUCUAAGAGGAAGAAUGGGGGUGGGGAGGUGGAGGAGACAGACAUGCUGCAUGACUCUGGCAAUGUGGUCGUCACCUUCGUAGAGAACAAUAUUGCCAAAGGCCUGACUGAUAAGCAGGACCACGAGGUGAAAAUUGAUGGAGAAAAAAAUCACAAGAUUAAAGUCACUCCAUUCCUCAAUGGAAAAAUUGCAGACCUUCAGACUCGUGAGACUGUGUGCCAACGCAGCGUGCUGCUCACAGGCAUCUCAGCCAUCAUGGACCAAGACAGCCUGCAGGACCUGCUUGAGAUCCACUUCCAGAAGACCAGCAAUGGUGGCGGAGAGGUGGACAACAUCAUCUACAACCCUCUGGGUCAGCACACACUGGCUGUGUUUGAGGAGGACUCUUCCACUGAGGCCCAGAGCCAGUGAAAUGUCCACACUUCACAGUCUAAGCACUCUCAUCUAAUGUUUAUCAAGGGCUAUACUCCAUAUGGGAUGAAUUAUCAGAUGAGAGGAACCCUCGUUGGAGGAACCCUCAAUUACCUCAUAAUUGAUAAUGAUAAUGCUGGGUUGUAUCUUGGACAUUAGUUAUUUCUGUCAUUGUAUGAAGUCUUUCAUGUCUCAUAAUGGCUUACUCUGUAAUAUUAGUAAAUGGGUCUCAGUGGUUAUUAUUCAGUUUUACACUUAAUAUUUUUCAGUGAUAAUGAUUAUGUGAUGUUAAGCUUCUCUUGUACAAUAACCAGAAUGAACUAGAUGUACCGCAUAGCGGUACAAAAUAUGACCGCCGCUCAGUCCUGUAAAUCCGUUCCGCGAAAAUAAAUCACACUUCAAUUUGUCUCCA